AUCUCAAUCCUGCAAUUUGGAUGAAAUUUUCAUUCACUUACUUUACUGAUGGGUUAGGAGGUGUGAUCGUUAAAUUGGCAGUUGGAGUGGCAGUGGGGUGGUGGGCUCAGCAAAAGAGUGGAAAUGGAGAAGGAGAUUAUGAGAUGAUGAAGGAGACUUACUUUGUCAACCAGGAGAGGUUAAGAAGACAGUUCAACCCUUCCGCUCCACCCCAGUCUUCUGAGCCUUGUCCUCUGCCUGAGGAUUUUGACGAGGUUAUGGCAAUGGCCACAGAUAAACCUACAAUCAGAAGGAGCCACAGACCUGGAAAGAAGAUCCGUGAUAUUGCAUUGGAAAAUAAAGAUAUUCUUUGAUUGUUUUGCUUAUUGAAA